AUGGAUGAUGAUGUAGAAAUCGCUGUUGUUGGCAUUGGAUGCCAUUUUCCUGGAGGUGAGGGACUUGAAAACUUCUGGCGUGUCCUCCUUCAUGGAAAGAACUGUGCAGUUCAGAUACCAAAUGACAGGUUUAAUCUCUCUCAGUGGUACGAUCCAGAUGAGAAGAAGGCAGGAAAGACACACACAGCAAAAGCAGCACUUAUUGAUGGCUUCAAUGAGUUUGACCACAAGUUCUUCGGCAUCACUAAUGCUGAAACAAUCAACAUGGACCCUCAGCACAAACUUUUGUUGCAGUGCACCUACAGGGCCCUUGAGGAUGCUGGGAUACCAAUGGAAAAGGCCAGUGGAACAAGAACAGGAGUAUUUUUGGGCCUAAUGAACAAAGACUUUGAGCUGGCAAAUAUGAGGAUUAAUCCAAAACACAUAGACCACACCAAUGGCACUGGUUCCGCUAUGAGUAUAGCUGCCAACCGCAUCUCAUACGUAUUCAACUUCACUGGCCCCUCACUGUCCAUUGACUGUGCCUGCUCCUCAUCUCUCGUUGCCCUUCACUUAGCUUGUCAAGCCAUAAAACAAGGAGAUUGUGAUAUGGCCUUGUGUGCCGGUGUGUCCUGUAUAUUGGAGCCGACUCUUUUUGUGACUCUCUCCAAGGCAAAAAUGAUCUCCUCUGAUGGAACGAGUAAACCUUUCAGCAGCAAAGCAGAUGGAUACGGCAGAGGUGAAGGAUGCGGGGUUGUUCUAUUAAAGCCUCUGAAAAAAGCUUUUGAAGACAAUGAUCAUAUUUGGGGUAUUGUCAGCAAAACUGCAGUCAAUCAAGAUGGCCACACAGUUAGUCCAAUCACCAAACCAUCCAUGGUACAGCAGGAGGAGCUGCUUAGAAAAAUCUACUCAACAGAAACUGACCUGACUAAUGUCCAGUACAUUGAGGCUCAUGGGACAGGGACUCCAACUGGAGAUCCAAUAGAGGCAGGUAGCAUCUCAAAAGUCAUUGCCAAAGCAAGACCUCAAAAAUCAGGGCCACUCAUCAUUGGAUCUGUUAAAAGCAAUAUUGGACACACAGAAUCUGCCGCAGGUGUUGCAGGGCUCAUAAAGGUUCUAUUGAUGAUGCAGCACGAAACCAUUGUGCCAUCAUUGUUCUACUCUGUGGAAAACUCCAGCAUAGACAUUGUAUCUCUCAAUAUGAAAAUCCCCACCAAAACAGAAAAAUGGAUCAGUGAUUGCAGAACAGGGAGGUCUGCAGGAAUCAAUAACUUUGGGUUUGGUGGAACAAAUGCACAUGCAAUUGUCAGACAAUAUGUGCAGUCAAAAAAGCCAAAAGCUCAGCUGAUAAGCAAAUCCCAUCAGUACUUUGUGGUCUCUGCAGCCUCCGAAAAAUCCAUGAAAAAUAUUAUUGCAGAUACAGCAGAACAGAUCAGUGCAGGGAAAAUAUCAGAUCUACAGUCUUUACUGUACACAUCUGCAUGUAGAAGAAGUCACUUGAAACACAAAUACAGGAAAGUAUUUCAAACAUCAUCACUGGCAGAUCUGCAAGAGAAACUAACUGUUGCUGUGGAGAAAAAGCUUACACCAUCAAAGACAGACUCCAAGCUAGUUUUUGUGUUUUGUGGCAAUGGUGUUACAUAUCAGGGUAUGUGCAAGCAGCUCUUAAAACAAGAGCCAGUUUUCAGAGAGGAAAUCUUGAAGAUUGAAACUCUGUUGCAAAGCUAUAGAAGUUUAAAUCUGAUAGAGAUGCUGGAGAGUGAAUCUGAUAAAAGUACAGAGCUGUCUGAUCCAAAAAUUGUCCAGCCCCUUCUGUUUGCUAUUCAGGUUGCUGUUGUCAAACUUCUGAAACACUGGGGCAUCAGGCCUGAUGCUGUUUUGGGGCACUCUAUUGGAGAAGUCGCUGCAGCUCAUUGUUCUGGUUUGCUGUCACUUGAAGAUGCAGUGAAAGUCAUCCACUAUCGCAGUUCUUUGCAAAGCACUGUGACAGGAGGGAAGAUGCUGGUAGUCAGUAAUAUGGCUGUUUCUGAAGUCUUGAAAAUUCUUCCAUCUUAUUCAGGAAGCGUUUGUCUGGCUGCUUAUAACAGCCCUCAGUCAUGCACCCUCUCAGGAGAUGCAGAUGACAUUGACAGAUUCCAACAAAAUUUGAGCAACUCAGCCAGUGGAAAAGAUUUGUUCCUUCGCAUUUUAGAUGUUCCUGCAGCAUACCACAGUCACAAGAUGGAUCCCAUUUUAUCCAAAGUGAAACAGAGUAUAGGCUCAUUGCAGGCACAUAAUUUGGAGGCAGAACUGUUCUCAACAGUGACAGGUGUUAGUUUGUGCUCCUCAGAUUUUACUACUGGUGAAUAUUGGGCAAAGAAUAUCAGAGAACCAGUUGAAUUUGAACAAGCUGUAAAGUCUGCAGUUAAAAACAAAAGGAGUGUGGUAUUUGUGGAAAUUGGUCCAAGAAGAUCUUUGCAGAGGUACAUCACUGAGACUCUGGGAAAUGAAUUUACUGUGAUUCCCUCAGUGCAGCCAGAUAAAGAUCACGAGACAAUGCUUGCAGCUGUUUCCAAACUGUUUGAGCUUGGGGUCAAAGUGGACUGGGAAACAUUCUACAAAGGUUUUGAGACUGAACCAAUUCCCUACCCACGAUACCAAUUUGAUGAUGUGAAGAGAGAUGUCUUCGCUUCUCAUUUGCAGUUGAUCAGUUCCACUGCCAACCAUCCAGUAGUUACACAAAUAGGUACAGACAGUACAGUGUUCAGCUGUGAUUUAUCCUCUGAAUCAGUAGCCUUCCUGCAGGACCACAGGCACAGUGGGGUUGCCAUCAUUCCUGGGGCAUUUUAUGCAGAGUUGGGAUUAGCAACUUACAUGACAUAUGCAAAACCUAAGGUUCCACUCAGUUCUCUGCAGCUCAGCAUAACAUUUCAGAGUCCAUUAGUUUUUACCCAGAAUACCCCAGAUAUAAAAGUACAGCUGGAUCAUUCAGACAAUUUGACCGAUAACACAUGUAAGUUCAAAAUACAGUCUACUUCUGCAGUCUAUGCAUUUGGCACAGUAGAAGCAAAACCAGGUAGAAGUCCUGAAGAACAGUUCAUUUCAUUAGACUGUAUUUCCAAAAGAUGCACAUUCCACAUGACUACCGAAGAACUCUACAAACUUCUAAGUCAAGCAGGAUUUGAAUAUGGGUCUGUCUUCAGAAAUAAUGCAGAUGUUUAUUGUGGGGAAGAAUUUAGAGAGGCUAUAUCUGUUGUGAAGGUCAGAAAGGAAUUACUGCCUCAAUUACAUGACUAUCACCUUCACCCUGUGGUCUUGGAUUAUGUCAUGCAACUUGUUCCUGCAACUAUAGGGCAUGAGCUAUCCACAAGACCAAAAUAUCCUGCACAAAUUGGAAGCCUGACUGUAUUUGAACCAUUGCAAGAAGAGAUGGUUGUAUAUCUGAGAACAGUACAUGUGGGAGAAGAUGAUUUUGACCUUUGUGGCUGCUUAGCCAACAAACAGGGUAGGGUGUUAGUUGAACUCAGGCAUGUGAAGAUCAGAAUGCUAGGAAGUCGUUUCCAAGUAGUCAAGGAGUACUUUUUCCACAACGAUUUCAGUAGCAUCUCUGAAAUUGACACAUCUGAUACACCGAUAAAGGCACUGGUCUUUUCUGACCAGGUAGGAAUAUCUAAAGCUUUGCAACAGUACUUGGACCCAACAUCUAGAUAUGUGUCUUCUUCAAGUGGUAACAUACUGUUAGAGGAUGGAGUUGAACUUCUUUUGUCAAAACUGAAAAUUUCAAGUGUAAAGAAAAACUUCCAGGAAAUUUUGUUCAUGUGGGGUGAUGCAGACCUAACCUCUCUCGAAUCAGAGAAGGUCUUGGACAGUAUGGCGGGGUGUUGUGAGAUUUUCCGAAAGCUUGUCAGAUAUCUCAAUGCACUUCAUUUCUCAGGUGAUAUCAGAGUAAUAACCUAUAGGUCAUCUGAGAGCAUAGUGGACCACAUAAACCCUGGGUUUGUUCUGUCAGGAAUGAUAAGAGCAUGUGCAGCUGAGUUGCAAGAACUUUCCUUCCAGCUGAUUGACAUGGGCUCUGCCACUUAUGAAGACAUCAAAGCUUUGGUUCAGGUCCUCAGAUCAUACCCCUGUAACAAAUAUCCAGAGCUAGUAGUGAAGGAGGGCAAAAUUCUCAAACCUGAAAUCACCCACACACCUUUGCCAGCCAUGGCAAUCUCUUCAAGAAAUGUCCACAUUUUGGAUGAAGAAGUCUUCAUCUUGCAGACAUCUGACCCAUAUAUAAUGACAAAUGUGUCAGCAACUCAAAUGGAUAAUUCCAUUGAACUGAUUCAAGGAAAAAAUAUUGAGCUUCGCCUCAGUAAUAUCUGUGUUCAUUCAUCAGAUUACUUUCCAGUCAGCAUUUCUGACCUGAAAUAUGGUCAGACGUUGUAUUGGGAGAAGCACACAACUGAAAACCAUAAGCUCUUAGCCCUUGACUUCAGUGGCACUGUUACAGCUGUGGGUAAAGAUGUCAGCAAAUUUAAAGUUGGUGAUCACGUUGUGUCUUGUUACCCUGUGGCUGCCACCACUAAAGUAGUUCUCCCAGCAGCUGUUUGCUGCAAAGCAAAAAGGCUUUCAUUCUUGAAGAACAUGCCUUGUGUCUCUUAUAUGGUACUGGCUUGGGAGAUCUUGCAUGAGGCUUUACCCAAAGCUAAACAGCAAUGGAAAUUGGGCAUUUUCUCAACUGUUCCGGACUCAGCUUUGAUGAAUGUCUUAAUUGCUAUUGCAAACAGAUCAGGUUGGAAUGUCAGAGUGAGCACGCAGACUGAUAAGCUGUCUUGUGAUUUUAGUGAGGUUGUGGGAGCUGUUCUUCUACCUCCUUAUAAUGUAGAAACCGCUGAAAUAGCUAGCAGUGUUAGAGGCAUCAAAGAUAUUGUUCUUGUCUAUGACAACCAGACAGAAUUUCCAUUCAAUACUACAACAUUCCGAGGUACAAAUGAGGAAGUCCACUUCCAUGUCCUCCUCAUGUCCCAAAUAAUGCAAAAGGGGUCUCUGCAAAUGCAAAUGCCACACAUCUACCGUUGGCUGAAAUCCAUGCAUUUGGACAAAAAGUCCUUGUCUUUAGAUGCAACAGCUGUUCAAAGAGUGAAAUCUCUAGACACUGAUCUUCUGUCUGUAAAAGAAUCUGAAUCAUACUUCAGAUGCCAGAUCCUACCCAUUAUCAUCCUGAACAGUAAAGACAAGAACCAGCUGUCUGACAUUCCAGUGAUGCCUAAACACAGUCUAUUCAAGAAAAAUUCUGUCUAUAUUGUCACAGGUGGUCUAACAGGGUUGGGGUUUGAGACAGUAAAGUUCAUUGCUCAGAAAGGAGGAGGAAACAUUGUCAUUCUGUCUAGGAGUAAUCCAAACACUCAGAUCCAACAGGAGAUAAGUCAGUUCAGUAGCCAUUGGGGUUCUGUCAUUAAGUGUCUGCCGUGUGAUGUUUCUGUAUCUGAGCAAGUGGACCAGACAAUUGUUAAUAUUGGAAAACUGUUUCCAUCCAGUCCAAUCAAAGGGGUAUUUCACAGUGCAGUUGUCCUGCAUGAUGGGCUGAUUGAACGUCUUGACAAAUCUCUUUAUGAGAAAGUCAUGAGGCCAAAAGUAAAUGGAGUGAUUAACCUUCACCGUGCUACCAUACAGUGCAAUCUGGAUUACUUUGUGUGCUAUUCCUCCAUCUCGGCCUUCAUUGGCAAUGCCUCACAAACUAAUUAUGCAGCAGCUAAUACAUUCAUGGACACUUUCUGUCAGUACCGCAGAAAUAUUGGGCUUUCUGGACAGUCCAUUAAUUGGGGGGCUUUGAAUCUUGGCCUUCUGCUGAACAAAGCCCAUUUCCAGAGAUUUCUGGAGGCAAAGGGAAUCAUGCUUUUGGAGAUUCCAGAAAUCCAUGAAAGUCUUGAGCAUUGCCUCUUGAUCAACAAACCUCAACAGGUUGUAUGCAAAUUCAAUUUUAAAAACAGCUGGAAUAACAUUCUUAGUCAGAACAAAUCGCUUCAAGCACGUUUGUUCAAAAUAGUACAUGAAGCUUUUAGUAAAGCUGGAAUGAAUUUAUCUAGACCUGAACAACCCAAGAAAUCAUCCUCACCACGUGAUUAUCUGAGUUUCAUGAUUAGUGAAACGACUGGUAUUGAAAUGGCUGAGCUGAAUGAUGAUGUUCAUCUUUUCGAUUUAGGCAUUGACUCAAUGUUAGCUAUGACUCUGCAGAAUCUUAUCUUCAAUAAUAGAGGUGUGAAUGUCCCUCUAGUGACUCUGCUGGAUCCAAAUAGCACAAUGGCAACUCUCAUUAGAAUCCUGGAGGAGAACUGUAUAGAUAAAUAUCAGAGUGAAGAUGAGAGCAAAUCCACAUACUUAUGAUUUGUAAUUUGUAUUUCUUUAAAGCAGUCUUCUUGUAGCCUCAAAACAAGGACUUUCUUAGAAAUUCAUGACAUUUUGAUGUGAAAUUGGGGUAUAGUUAUGGCGCUUUUCCACUGCGUGGUACAGCUCGGCUCAGUUCGGUUUCGUCACAGCUUGACUCGGCUCGCUUUACUUUCGGUUUGCUUUUCCACUGCAGUUUAGUACAGCUUCAAAGUGGGAUUAUAGACUAAUACAGUUGCGGCACCUUUGCUGCCGUGGAACCGCUCCUUGGCUACUAACGAGUCUGCACCUCGUCUACUGACCACAGUAUAGCCAUCUCUUUUUUCAAGUUGCGUGUGACGGUCUUUUAAAGCAAGUAUUUUAAAAAAAGUCACUGGUAGUGAUGAUUCUCUCUGACCAGUGAUCUGCAGUGUUUACCGAGGUGAUUUAAGUGAGCCGUACCGAGCCAUCCCAAGCAGUGGAAAAGCGCCAAAAAGUGAGCCGUACUGAGACGUACCGAACUGUACCAUGCAGUGGAAAAGCACCAUUAGUAAUAUAGUACUUAAUUAAACAUGGCAAUUGAUUCAAGUUCAUCUAGCUUAAUAAGGGCUAAUAUUGGCAGAUAUUCCAAUAUGACUAAAUUUCAUUAAAUUUCCCUCCAGUCUAUUGAAAUACUGACCAGCGAGGCAUCUAAUCUAUCUCUAACUACUCAGUGUUAACACCACAUAUCAAUAACACAGCAAAUUAAGGUUCUGCAGACUGUGGACUUGACAUUGUUUAUCAUUGUUUUUUUAUUUAGAUUUUGUUCUUGAGACCACAGUAGGGUUAAACACAUUCAGCACUUCACUUUAGUUUGUAAAUUGCUUUCUGUAUCAAUUUUAAUGUAUUUCAAACCAAAGUUGUAUGAGUGGCACAUACUGACAUGCUGAUGAUGAUUGAGAUGGUUAUGAUUAUUUUGUUUUAUUAUUAUUAUUAUUAUUAUUAUUAUUAUGUCUAGCUAAAGAGAUCAUGAAAAACCUAUUUUUUAAUUUGGGUCAGAGGUAACUGCAUACUUUAAAUGAAAUCCUUGAAAGUACAAAAUAAAUUUUAAUUAUAAAUCUUACUAAUACUAUUGUUUUGAUCGAUUCAUUAGUCAUUUCAAAAUACAUUAUAGUUUGUAUGCUGAAUAAUGUUUUAAAUAUUGUCUACAAUGACAACUGUAAAGAUAUGUUAAAGGAUUACUAAGUGCUUAUACUUUAUGUAUAAACAGACUUUCUGAAGUAAAUACUAGUAUCAUGCUAUUUUACAAAGCAAAUGUUGAAUCAAUAGCGCAAAAUGAAAUGUUAAUAUGAUAUGAUCAUUUAUCAGUAAAACUACAAUAAAAGGAGCAACUGAGUAAUGAACAGUGAAGUACUGCUGUGAUUGGGAAUCAGAUGUGAUUGUAAUAGUAUAUGAAGCGUGAGUAUAUAUAUGCACCAACCUUGUUAUCCAAGGUAAAUGUCUGAGAAAUAAAGAAAUGUAAUUUAGAAAGUCAUCUCUCUCUCUCUUUUUUUUUUUUUUUUUUUUACAUUUUCAUUAUAUUCAUGAUUUUUGUUUAUUAUACAGCUCUCUUUAUACCUAGAUCUGAUCAGCCAUUGCAUUCUGAUUUCAGAUAUUUUUACACAAUGAUGCUAAACUGUAUAAUUGUCAGCAACUGAUUUCUGUCACGUUUCCUUCGUGAUCUGUUGUCAUGGUUAAUUAUAACACACACUCUUCGUUUGGCCUAUGAUUUGGAAACAAACCUUACACAUUACAGUGUGUGCAGAAUGAUUAGAUACAUGAUUUUCUGAUCAUAUUUUUUU